GCACAUCCUGCCCUACUUCAAUCUGUACUAGGGGUCGCUCAACUUCUGCAUGGUUUCUUGUAAACGUGCUAGUAGGGAAACUUAGGAUCCUGUUAAUGAAUGAAUAUAUAUAUGUAUGUGAUGUGUUGAAUAUAUUUAUUUAUGAUAUACUGGAGUAGUGUUUGGAAUGUCAUCCAAAUCUUUGAGAUUCCUGAUUUUUAGCGGUUCACGCUCGAAGUUGUUAUUGAGGCCUGCCAGUCCGCGGUGUGGAGUUCUUAGAUGUCCUGGAGGAGAGUUUGUUGCAGGGGGCUGGAGUCUUCGUUUGUGCUGUCGGUUACAUCACACAGCUUCCACCACUGACGGUUCCAAAACAAAGGUGCCUCAGAGCCCGACAUGGGAACCGGUUAGCGAGAGCCAGCUUCCCCCGGUUACUAGGGUGUCCCCAGAUCUUGUGGAUCGACUGGAGCGUCUAGCGUUGGUGGAUUUCAGGAACCAAGAGGGUGUGGCUAGGCUGGAGAAAGCAAUCCGAUUUGCUGAUCAGCUCCAUGUUGUUGACACUGAGGGGGUGGAGCCUAUGGAUUCUGUGCUUGAGGACAGGCAGCUGUACUUGCAGCAGGACUGUGUGAGGGAAGGGAACUGUGCAGAACAGCUGCUACGUACCUCCAGACGCACUGUGGAGGAAUACUUUGUGGCCCCACCAGGGAACAUCCCCCUACCAGAACGAGAUGAAAGAAGCAGUUUACUGAAGAACUCUGAAUUGUGACUGGAUCCAGAAUCAAGUUUCUACAUUCAGGCAACUUAGUCUGAAGGUUAAUCAUCUUAGGAAUUUAUCCAGCAGAGGAAUGACAAUUACACUGUUCAAAUUCAGUACAAUACCCAUGCAACAGAUAUCGGACAACUAUGAUGAAAAACCCACAAAUGUAUUAUGUCCCAUACAUUAAUAUGUAAAAAAAAAAAAUCCAGAUGUAGUGAAAAAAGACUCUACUAAAUAAAAAGAAAAAUAAAAGGGA